UCAGUGCAUUUUGGCAUCGGGCGGCGUGCGUACGUUGUUAACGGUUGUUUUUGCUUCGCACAUCAUCACAUCUCGCUCGCUUCGUUCGUGCGCCGUGUGGGUGACGCGUGUAUUUAGCUUUUUGAGAAUCGGUCAACAGGCAAACAACAACAAGAGACAGACGUAGACACAGAACUUGCGGCCAGCAACGUGAACAACUUUCUAUUUUGUGUCUUUAUGUUUUGUUUUCGCUUUCGUUUUGAGUUUUGUUUUUGGCUGCAUUUUCGAGUGCGGUAACAUUUGCAAUUUCGAACUACGCGUGCAAAUUGCAAAUACACAAUACAUUGUAAGGCCUCUUCUCAUCUUAUUUAAUCGGUCAGUGUCAGUAACGCGUCGCUAGAUAAUUACAACAACAGCAACAGCUAGCGUGUAAACAACAUUACAAAACAAAUUUUCCAUUGGAACUUAACUUUUUGCUGUGUUCGCUUUCAUCUUUAUUUUCGCAUUUGACGCGUUUUUGGCGGCGUUUCGAAUAAAUAAUCAGCAUGGAAGUGGCGGAAAGCUACAGAUUUGGUAGCGUCGACUACAUUGUAUUUCUGGGCAUGAUUGUCCUGUCCACGGGUACAGGCAUUUACUUUGGCUGCAUCAAAAAGAGCAAGAAAUCCAUUGACGAUGUAGAACCAACGCUACCCACCACAACUAGCACUACAACCACAAGCAGCAUGGAGACUCGAAAACAUGACUUUGGUUCAGAAAAGAUGAGCGAAUAUCUGUUGGGAUCGCGACAACUAAAAGUAUUUCCAGUUGCCAUGAGUCUGAUAGCCAGCUAUGUAUCGGGCGUUACAAUACUGGGCACUACAUCCGAGAUAUACAAUUUUGGCACACAAUACUGGUUUAUAGCGAUUGCCAUCAUACUGCAGGGAAUUGCCGUCUCCUACAUCUACAUUCCCGUAUUUGCAACUCUUCAAGUCGGCUCGUCAUAUGAGUAUCUGGAAAUGCGUUUCCAUUCGGUUAUACGCAGCAUCGCGUCCUUUAUGUUCAUUCUGGAUGAGAUACUCUUUCUGCCUUUUGUGGUUUAUGUGCCGGCCAUAGCUCUUAACCAAGUCUCUGGCAUCAAUUUGCAUGUGAUAUCGGCGGUGAUUGUGAUCGUGUGUGUCUUCUACACCUUUGUGGGCGGUAUUAAAGCGGUGGUGCACACGGAUGCCUGGCAGACACUGGUAAUGUUCCUUUCUGUGCUGGCUGUGGCCGCCUUGGGCACCUAUUAUGCCAACGGCUGGGACAAACUGUUUGGCGAUGCUGCCAAGGGCGGUCGUUUGAUAUUCUCGAACACGGAUCCUUCGCCCUAUGUGCGACACACCGUGUGGAGCGUGCUCAUUGGCGGAUUCUCAUACUGGACGUCGUUUAAUGCCGUCAAUCAGACAAUGGUGCAGCGUUACAUGUCGCUGCCAUCGCUAAAGCAGGCUCGUGCAUCGAUGGCCAUAUUUACGAUUGGUGUGGCUGCCUUUGUCUCGGUUUGCUGCUAUGUAGGAUUGCUGAUCUUUGAGAUGUAUCAGGAUUGUGACCCAUUGAGCGCGGGCCUCAUCACUCACGACGAUCAGCUGUUGCCACUGUAUGUGGUGCAGAGUGUGGGGCAUAUUCCUGGCAUUGCUGGUCUUUUUAUUGCGGGCAUCUUUGGCGCCGCGUUGAGCUCAUUAUCCGUGGUGCUGAACUCCACAUCGCUGGUCAUUCUGGAGGAUAUUGUGCGCGGCUGCUUCAAGAUGCGGCCGAGCGAGCGCGCCUCCACGGUGCUUGUGAAGACGUCCAUCAUUGUGCUGGGCGUGGUGGCGCUCUCGCUGGUCCUGGUGCUCGAGCAGUUGAGCGGCAUUCUGAGCAUCUGCACCUCCAUGACGGCCAUUGCUGCGGGCACCACGUUUGGUCUGUUUACGCUGGGUAUGCUGGUGCCAUGGGCCAACAAUAUCGGGACAGCAGUAGGGGGUAUUGCUGGCGCUUUGCUCGCGGGCUGGAUAUCAUUUGGUACACAAAUCACCAUAGCAGCGGGUGGACUUAAUUCACAGAAGUUGCCAGUGUCCGUGGAGAACUGUGCAGCGAAUGUCACAUUGCCCGACAGCGUUUGGGUGGAUGAGGAGCAAGUGUUUCCAUUGUAUCGACUAUCAUAUCAUUGGAUCAAUCCCAUUGGUGUUGCUACGGUUAUUGUGGUUGGUGCCAUUGUCUCGCUGUUCACAAAACCCACAGAGCUGAAAUCACUGGAUCCGGAUCUGAUAUCGCCAGUGUUGCAUAGAUGUUUGCCAAAGGAAUGCUUCGUGGGACGCAAUCAUCAUGCGCAGGCGCAAACGAACCUGCUGAACGGUCAAUCAUAG